UGUUGUUUGCGAGGCUGCGUGUGGACGGGAGUGACGGACUGCUGGCCCUGCCAGCGCUCUGGAAAGCGGCAACUUUUUUCCCCCCCGGAUGCGAGGCUGAACGGUGGACGUUUGAGAGCAUGACACGUCGGUGAUGCCUGUGAACGCUCGGCCGUAUGGCUGUAAGGUCCUGCUCGGCUUGUGUUGUGCGCAAAGACUCGUACAUUAGUCUCUGAUUGACGGCCAGCCGAGCCAGGAUGCUGGAGCUCGCCUGAGACGUGCGUGCUUUCUCUGGAUUUCCCUUUUUUUUUUUUUUUCUCCACCGACCUCCUCAGCGACGAGAAUAUUUCUCAGUUCACCCAUAAACUUCCAAAAAAAAAAAAAAAAUGGUCUCCUUCGCUUUGGCUCGUAACAAACCCGGAUAACGACGGGAGCAGCGACGCGACGACACCCCUGAAACGACGAGCAGCGUCCCCCACCCUCGAAACUCGCCAGCCUUUGGGUUUAUUCAGCUCUGGGAGUUUGUUUUCCCCUCUGCAAUUAAUGCAUCUUGGGGAAUCCAUGAGAGAGUGUGAGUACAGUCAAAUAAGUACUCGCAGCUCCACACCAAUGGAGACCCCAUACAAGAAAAGGACACUAAAGAAGAGGAAGUGGGAGGCCUUCCCUGGUCGAAACAAAUUUUACUGUGAUGGGAGGAUUAUGAUGGCCAAGCAGACAGGGGUGUUCUACCUCACCCUUGUCCUUAUCCUUGUAACAUGUGGACUUUUUUUCGUCUUUGAUUGUCGAUUCCUGGCAGAGCAGCUGACCCCGAUCAUCCCAGUUAUAGGAGGCGCGCUGUUUUUGUUUGUACUUGGAACUCUACUGAGGACCAGUUUCAGUGACCCUGGGGUGCUACCAAGGGCUACCCCUGAUGAAGCAGCUGACUUGGAGAGACAAAUUGAUGUGGCCAAUGGCAGCACAGGCUACAGGCCUCCUCCCAGGACCAAGGAGGUUGUCAUCAACGGCCAGACAGUCAAGCUGAAGUACUGCUUCACGUGCAAAAUAUUUAGACCGCCACGUGCCUCCCACUGCAGCCUCUGUGACAACUGUGUGGAGCGCUUUGACCACCACUGUCCCUGGGUGGGGAACUGUGUGGGAAGGAGGAACUACCGUUUCUUCUACAUGUUCAUCCUUUCGCUCUCCUUCCUCACCAUCUUCAUCUUCGCCUUUGUCAUCACGCACAUCAUUUUACUCUCACAUCAACGUGGGUUCCUCAGCGCACUCAAAGAAAGUCCUGCGAGUGUGCUGGAGGUGGUGGUGUGUUUCUUCUCCGUCUGGUCUAUAGUGGGCCUCUCAGGCUUCCAUACCUACCUGAUCAGCUCCAAUCAAACCACCAAUGAAGAUAUAAAAGGUUCGUGGUCUUCUAAAAGAGGGAAGGACAACUAUAACCCUUACAGCUACGGAAAUAUAUUCACCAACUGCUGUGCAGCACUUUGUGGACCCCUGCCACCAAGUCUCAUUGACAGACGAGGCUUUGUCAAAUCCGAUACGCCACAGAUGGCAGCGCCGAGCAACGGCAUCACCAUGUAUGGCGCCACCCAGUCCCAGCAAAGCCAUAUGUGUGACCAAGACCAGUGCAUUCAGAGCACCAAAUUCGUUUUGCAGGCCGCCGCCACACCCCUCCUCCAGCAGCAGAGCAGCGAGCCAGUCAUCUUAACCGCCUCCCCUGAAAACGGGGUGUCCUUACCCGGCCGAGCCUCCCUGGUUUUGGGCGGCCCCUGCACAUCGCUCCCGCUCGGCCAGCCCACCCCACCGACGUCCACCCCCAGCCUCAGCUGCCAUGAGGUCCCUGACAUGCUGCCAAUCCACGGACACAGCCACACACUAAACCACAGCCACCCACUCCAGGAACAGGUGGCUCACCACCACUAUCUCACCCCAGAGGAAGUGCCCUCACCGCCAGGUAUGCUUCCGUGCAGCAGCCCCAUGGGCCACAGCCACACCAUGCAGGCCAGUUUCUACAACCCUGCCAGCCAAGACUCACUACAUGAAGACUCAGUCAGGGGACUGGUGAAGCUCAGCUCUGUCUGACAAUGGGAUUUGUACACUUUUCAUCCCACUAAACCUCGUUCUGGAGAACUCUUGUGCUGCCUUGUUCUCAGCCGACUCCCCCUUGAACUACAGCUGCAGAACUGAGGUGGAAAUAAACUGAAUUCAAGUCAAAGUCAAACAAGUUCUCAGCCAUUGCUGCCAACCUUGUUCACUGGAACUGAGAGAGGCAGUUCCUGAUAUGUAAGACAACUCGGUGACACUUUUUUUUUUU